AAUGCUGGACAGCCAAAGGCGGUGAUGGCUUUUUAUGAAAGUAAUAAACUUUGGGGUGGUGUUGACAGUGUGAAGCCCACCGUGUAUCACCCCGGCGUGACGGAUACAGAUAUUAUUAAAAAUAGGCCAGAAGAACCCACAGUUGAUACCCAAUGUAAGAAACCCCAAGAAGGUAAACUUCAAAAAAAUCCGACGGAGCCGGAACCCCCUCGUGGUGAUGCAGUGGCGAUGGGUGAUGCUGGUCCUGCUAAAGUAACUGAUGCCCCAAAAACGUUGGUUCCUGAGGAAAAAGUACCAGAUGCUGCUCCUGCACCUGGCAGCGAGCCAACAUCUGUUGAGGAUUCAGUAAUGAAGUCAGAGGGUGUUCAGAAUCUUGUCACGCAUACUGAUGUGGGACAAGAUUUACCACAACAACACGAACACCCACCAUCAGAUGAUCGACGUGACCCUACGAUAGCUAAUAACGACACCACUAAAGAGAAGAGUAGUAAUUCUACAGAUGGGGAUAAUGAAAAUGUGCCCACGACAAAUGGGAGUUUACCCGAUGGAACUGAGGCUGUUGGGAGUACGUCUUCAACAGGUGAUUUAGAUUCACAGGUAACAGCAUCAGCAACUUCAGACAGACACUCAGCUGAAGGUGUUGAUUCUAACCAAGAGAAGCCACAACCACAGUCAGAAAAUACAAUACAAAGCUUACAAGAAACCAAUUCCACUACUACGCCGAGCCCUGAGAACACUACACCUGUCGACCAUAAUACUUCCCAGCAACCAUCUUCUGCAACUGUUGAUGUGACUGCCGCAUCAAACUCACAAGAUCCAAAUACCACUAUUCCGGCCACCACUACAAAUACUACCACAGAAGCACCAACCAACACUCCAUCUCCUGUACCCAAUUCAGAGAUUAACAAGAUCGCUCCCACUAUGCAGAUGAAGACUAAUGUUGACAGCAGUGUCAAUCCUGUGUGGAUGCGCACUGCAGCACCGCUGUUGAUUGUGGUUGUGUUGUUCUCCGUUACCGUGUACUGA